ACAUGCCUCCACAGCGGUUCUUACGCUAGGCUGGGACUGCACCUCACACGCCCUGAGUUCUUGACAAGUAUAUUCCUAGCUGUUUUCCAGUUAUUAUUAGUCGAAGUCGGAGAAUAGCCUCACUUUACAUUGUCAGAGCGUCCAUCCUUCAAGAACUUCCAUGAGUGGUAUCUAAUUCCUCCAAGGCUUCCGAGCUGUCGGUGUGUCUGUUUAAGUGCUGUUUCCUGAAGGGAAUAUUGUCUUUCAAAGGAGUGUUAAGUGUUUCUACACGUCUUUUUAUGUGAGCGGAGCUUCAAACCCUACCCAACCCAAAGGAUGGCCUCGCGGUGCAUAUUCUGUAUGCAAUGAUGCGAAACCCGACAUAGUGGCCUCCCCGUUAUUGGAGACUGGUGUUUGUAUCACUGUGAGGUAAGGUUAUAAUGGUCUACGAGUAAAGGUGUGUCGUCAACGCUGCUGCAUGCCCAAAUAUGGAAGACAGAGAACACCAAAGCGCCGGGGACCCGCCCCCGAAACACGGAAUGGUGUUUUGACUCUCGUGGAUACCUCGUGUGACGCCAGGGCACAGAAGCUGCCACUUCACGAAGAGCUCUGCUGAAUACUAGUGUCUUGAAGUCACAAGAUUUAUCUGCUGCGUGUGUCGGCGACGCAAACGUGCUGGGACCUUAACGGAUGUUGGUCAAAUAUUAAAAAGUUUCAUUUCCGGAUUGUGCAGUGUAGUGAAAGCUGUGUAUAGAAAUCUGCCGCGGAGGUAAAGACAUCCCGGGAGCCGUCGUUCAGUGUGGAUCAGUCUGAUGGUUGUGGCGUUAGAUUCAACGUAAGCUCUAGUGUAUAUUUAUAGUAUAGACAGGUCGUAUUUAGACUGUAACUGUCGCAUUACUGGAAACAGAACUAAAGGGGGUUUGUUAGCCUAAGCUAACACGAUUAACUGGCUUGGAUCAAAAGUCAAGGGGAUCUUGUUAGCUGCGUUACUUUACAUUACUUACACGCAUACGAGACUCGGAAAACGGAGGAGGUGAUAUCCUAGUUGAGGAAGUGCCUUGAUAUGGUCGGGGCGGAGAAGUGCAAUAAUGGUUUUAUGGACUUGUACUUAAAGUUGUGAGAACGUUGUGACUUUGCCCUAGGACCUGUGAAACAUCUUUUUUGAAAUAUACAGCAGAUGUGUCACUUAUAAAUAAAAACAACGAUACUGGAUAAAAUGUCAAACAUAACCUGUGAUGAGAUCAUGGCGGACAAAGCCGGUCCGCCGCCCAUGUUCGACGCCGCUGGACGCUACACCAUCGCUACCAUCUUGGUGUUCAUCCCGGUGAUGACAAUAGCCGGAAACGCCAUUACCAUCGUCGCUGUUGUCACCCACCGACGCCUCCGGAACAUAACUAACGCGUUUGUCGUCUCGUUGGCAGUGGCGGAUAUGAGUGUUGCCUUAUGCGUGAUGCCGUUUGGGAUAUACCAACAGCUUACCAACAAGGAAUGGAUGCUGGGAAAUACGUUUUGUACCAUUGUCACCAGCAUGGACGUGAUGUUGUGCACUGUCUCCAUAUUCCACCUCUCAUGUAUGGCCAUAGACCGUUACCUCGCAAUCUGCCGGCCAUUCCUUCACGAACGCAUGACAUGGCGGGUGGUUGCGGUCAUGCUGUUCAUAUGCUGGGUCGUUCCCAUCUUCAUCUCGUUUGUUCCCAUCAUGAACAAAUGGAAUCAGAUCGGGAUCGAGGAGUUCUUGGACUGUGCAGCCCCUCCAGAACUAAACGCUUGUCCCUUCUUUGUGAACAUACCCUUCGCUCUCAUCUGCUCAGCUAUAGCGUUUUACAUUCCCGUUGUUUUCAUGGGCGUGUGUAACUGGAAGAUCUACCUGGCGGCGCGACGGCAAGCCAUGCAGAUCCGGAGUCUUGAUACGUCUCUCCAUAAACAUCACAAAGGGAAGGGGAAAUUUAAACAGGAGACAAAAGCAGCCAAGACGCUGAGUAUCAUCAUGGGAUGUUUUAGUGUCUGCUGGUUCCCUUUUUUCAUCUUUAACAUCUUCGAUCCCAUCAUAGGAUACAAAAUCCCCUACACCCCCUGGGCAGUGGCCCUGUGGCUAGGAUACCUCAACUCAAUGAUGAACCCGUUUCUUUACUAUAAAUUCAAUAGGAACUUCAAGUUCGCCUUCAGGAGAAUAUUCAUGUGCAAGAUCUGCCGCGGUAUAAGCGAAUAUGAAGAAAGCGUUAUAACGGGGAAUACACAGGUGUCGGAAUGACAUGAGGACUCGCGUGACAGGCAUCGGACAUCAGACUUUAGUACCAGUGAGUUUGUCGAAGUAAGUACCAGUAACUCAAGGGUAUGACAGCCGAGGCACCACACGCCACAUCUCGCGCUGCCGGAAGUUCACGUGGACCACGCGCCACACAACACGUGAACCGCCAUGUUUGUCCGAUGUCCUCUCACGUGAAAGGACGAGACUCCACACAUGUCAAAAACUAAACCUGUGGAUAUGUUAUCGCACGGGUAUGACCUCUUAUGUCGCAGGGUGAAGACACUUACUGAACAUUCAAUUGUACCUUGUGAUCACGUGACUUAUAGACACUUGCCAAUAAAACACGUGCUUGAGCACGAGCAGAUUGCAUUCCAUGACAUCGAGCCUAAUCUCGAAUCGGUGAUACUCAGACUUUAUUAUAAUAUAGUCGUGAACUACGAUCACGAAUAAUUCUUACAAUAUACCGAAUGUGCCAUCUCGGAGAUACCACAUAGCGCAUUCGGAUCACCUCGGCUGAUAACGUUUGUAGUCCUGUUUACCACACGGAGACCGAUAUCUCCCGAUGAGUUCCAAGUGCAUGUAGAUUAUUUGAGUUCUCUCCCCUGUGUACUGGGUAGUUGUGAUUUAAUAACCGUUAGUGUGUUCUUAAGAAUGGCUUCUACUAAUUCUUUUUUUAUGAAAGAACUAUGAUUAUUGUGUGUCAUUUAUAAUCCUGACAUCCUUUAUAAGGAGUCGAUAGAAUUCAGACCCUGCCCAGUUAUUGUCUGGGUGGGGGGUACACCAAGGGGAGAGAACUCCUAGCACCUGUCAUGGUUUAUUCAUGGAUUUGCCAGCACACAUGUCGACAGACAACUUAUGUGAUGUGUUAAUAUAUGAAAAGCUUGAUUUCGAAGUUUACAAGUUGUUUGUUUAACAAAUAAUCUAACACUAUUUUUGGUAUUUCACUUUGGUAGUUUAUUCACAAACGAAGAUAACUUUGAUAAUGUUCUACAGGUUAUUUUGUGAGCAUGAGCUUCCCUAGCCCCACCCCACCCCCAC